AUGAAUAUUGAAAAAUAUGGUGGGUGUCCAAGAAAAAUUAGAUCCGAUAUGGGUCCUGAAAAUGGAACUGUAGAACAAAUGCAAACAUUUUUGAGAGGAACUGCUGUUAAAAAUGAAGAUCAAUUUUUAGAUGAUAACAGUUUCAUCUAUGGAACCAGUCAGUGUAAUCAACGCAGCGAGUUUUGGUGGGGUAUACUAAGGAAACACUGUUCGCAAUAUUGGAUGAACGUAUUAGGAUGCAAUAAACAACAAGGUUCAGUGAGGAACCGUCCUGGUACCGGAAGACCACGUACAGCGCGCACCGGCGAAAAUAUUGAACGUGUACGGGAGAGCGUGAAAGAGAGUCCUAAAACAUCGACGAGGAGACGGCACAACUUGGGUUAUCAAGGAGGUCUCUUCAAAGAAUUUUUGUCACAUUGCACAUGUUUCCCUAUAAAAUCCAGCUGGUGCAAGAAAUAA